CUUGCCAUUCUGCGAUUGUUUCCGUCGCGAGCGUCUCAGUGUCUUAUUAGAAUGACAUCGUGCCUUAUUAUUGGAAAUGAUGGUAGUCUAAAAUGCGGAGAGCAUCUGUUGGGAAAACAGACAUGGAUUAUCUUUUGUUUUAAGCGGCUGUCGAUUUGAAAGAGGCUAAUAGCCUGAACAUAACUGGUUUGGGAAGGAGAUUUAAAUUCAUUUAUAUGGGUUUGUAUCGCCUGUGUGUUGAUGCUCACAUCGCUAUUAUGGCAAGCGGUUUAAACAUUUGUCCAUGUAGACUAACUAGUAUCUAUUUUUAUACCAAUGCCGAUAGUGAGUGGUCCAAUACUGAGUAAUCAAUCAUUAGUAACUAUUCAUUUAAUCCUAAUGGUAAUCUCAUAAUCUCAAUUUAUAGUAUUUAUGAGACUAUUAUUUAUCACAGUUGUUACUAGAAAUAUAUAUAUUUUUUAAUCUCACAAGUUGCAAUUAUUUUUCUUGCAUGCGAUAUUAAAUGACCAUGCAGGAUACUUUAUAGUUAUAAUUUAAAUAUUAACAGUACAAUUAAAAUGUUAAUUUAAAACAGUAAUACUAGUGUCUAAAAAUAUAUCUAAUCAGUUAAUAGCCUAAACUGAAGAACUGUAACUUUUUAAACAGUUGCCAGUGUUAUUUUAGUAUCAUUGAGAUAAAAUUAGCUGUUUUUUUAUUAAUAUUUUUAAUGAGUUUUUAUUUUUAUAUUUUCUGCUUUCAUUUGAAUUAAGUUAAAGUUCUAGUCAUUGUGUUUUUGUCAUUUUUAUCAUUUUAUCAUUUUUAUCAUUUUCAUUUUUUAAUGUCUAUAUAGUUUUUUUUAAUUAAUUUUUAUUUCAGUUUUAGUCAUUUUUGUACAUCAGCUUAAACUACAUAAAAAUGAAAAAGAAAAUGUAGCCUUGGUAUCUAGCUAAAAAAAUAAAAUGAGUGUAAGGAUUUUUCUAUAAUUCAUUUUAGUUCAGUUAGAAUGUAUUUUAUUUUAAGAUGCAAAGGUUUUUUUUUUUUUUUUUUUUGUAUGGUUUUAGUUUUAGUUAACCAUGAUGACCCCAGUAGUACAAGUAACUAAAAUAAAUACUGGUCUCUAAUGAAUAUUUAGUAAAAAUGGAAUAAAUACCAGCAACAAUUUGAGUACUUGUCUGAUUAAAUUAAUUAAUGGAUAAUCAGCAGUGAUGAUGAAACAGAUAAUUGUUGGUACUGUAUUACUUACUAGUGAUUAAACAUGAAGAUUCCAGUUUGUUGUAGGAAUUAAUGUUGAAAUGUAAAUAAUUUAUUUCAAAAGAUUCUACAAAUAAUCUAUAAGAAAUGCUUAUGGAGAGAUUUUUGAAUGUGAUACACCUCCGCAGAGUCUGGCAGGCAUGACAAGAGCAUAUGUUGCAUAACGUUCACGGUAUUUCGUUGAUUGUGUUAGAGACUGUUUCUUCAGGUAACCUAAAACUAACAAGCACAACCGAAUCAACCUGACCACUUAAACUACACAAACAAAGGUCGUUUUUAACAUGCAUUUUGUACAUUUUCACUUUUUUGCAGUGUAUCAUAAAAUCAUAAACAGAAUUGGUGCAAACCAAAUAAAUCACAAGUGAACUGAAAGUGACAAAGUAAUUAAAAAGGAAGUCUGGCAACGCCAUUAAAUCUGAAAGAACAGUCCAGAACAUUUCAAAUGGGUCUCUGUUGAUUUGUUUAAUAACUAUGUCUAAUAACGCAGUACAUUAGACAUCUCUGUGAACACUACAGCAGCAUUAUGCAUCCGAGACACAAAAAACAAGCUUAAAUGAUCUCAGGAACGCUAAAGACCCUGAGAUGGAGAAAGAGAGAGAGAGAAGCUAUGAAAACAGGUAGGUGGGCAGAAGCUGGAUGAGUAUGCAGCAGGAGCCUAAAGCUUUGCAGUCCGAGCCUUCAAACGCACUGCUAUCUCUGCAUCUAAUGCACACAAACACACGCUGCCUUCAAAUAAUGGGAGAAAAGGCAGCGUUGCAGCAUUAAAGAAGCGAGGACUGCUUGGGAGGUGAGUGCAGGAGCGAGAGAGCGGUGGUUUUUUGCGGUUUAUGCAGAAAGCUGUGGCGUUGAUGGUUUUAAGGAGAGCAUAUGCUGCCGGGCCUCAGCCACUGGAUAAAAGAGGAAAUCAAAAGGGAUUUUUUUGGGAGGGAAAGGGUGACAUUUGUCACAGGGUUGUGUAAGUGUGUGUUUGUAUGUACAAGAGUUGCAAUCAAACAUAUUUGGGAACUAUAUUUUGGCUUAAAAGCUGAGUAUUUCACAAUCAUUCAAAGGGAACUUCAGGGAUGCAUUUGUUUUAUUUUCCUUGUGAAGGAGAAUUCAAAUCCUUCUUUAGUGCCAUAACCGGCUUCAAAGCAGCUGCCUGACUUCCUGUAAUGUCUUCCUCAGGGGGGACACUCUCUCUGGCUUGGACCAUGAGCAAUGAGUCUGCCAUAUGGACAAACCAGAACAGAACUUACCCCACCGACGUCCCGCUGUCAUCAGGGACACAGAAUGGCUAUGUCCUCCUGCUGGUCCUCUUGUCCAUCUUUGUCGGGGGGACGCUGGUCCUGCUCUCUGUCCUUCUGAUUGUCUGUCGCCGUUGUUGUGAAGGGGACAGACGCCAUGCGUGGUUCAUUGUUUGCCUCAGGGCUAGCGAUGACACCGAGAAAAGUAAUACCACCUAUAUUGAGGAGGCCCAGCCAGUGCACGAGAUUACGAUUCGCGUCGAUGAGUCAGAUUGCCUGUCGGCAGCCAGCUCCCACGACAUGGAGACAGAGCGUUUCCUCUCCACGGGCACAACCGGCCGCCGGGUCUCCUUCAACGAAGCAGCACUCUUCGAUCACAGCAAGAAAACACAGGAGAAGGUCGAAGGUCAGUCGUACACGCUUACGGAGGGCGACUUCCAUCACUUGAAGAACGCGCGGCUCACCCACCUCCACCUCCCUCCACCCGCUCUCCAGAUACUCACCAUCCACGAGUGUGAGUCAUCAGAGAACAGUAUUGCCAUGACAACGCGCCCCGUCGCUAAAUCCAGCCUCUCAAUUUUUCAGCCACCAGUAUUUUCACUGCCCCAGACUGCCCUGACCAGCCGGAGUCUCAGUCCCAGCUCUGCCCUUCCUGGCGACGCUCUCAAUUCCACUGUGGACACGACGUUCUGUGAGAGCAUCACAGCGGCCGGUCCUGAGCCAUCCAGCCCGUGUCUAAUGGAGGUCAGAGGAGGAGUCGGGAGGAGUAUAGGCAUCAUGGGUAAUGGUAGAGAGGGUGCAUCAGCCUCAUCCAUGGCCCUGUCCUCCUCUGGCGGGGCCCCACAGGGCCCCAUGCUGCAGUUCUUCACCAAGCUCCGCCGACACGCCAGCCUGGAGGGAGCGAGUCCCUACUUCAAGAUCAAGAAGUGGAAGUUCGACAGCAGCCAGAGAGCUUCAAGUCUAGACAUGAGAGGUUCCCCCAAGCGGAGGCAGUUCCAGCGGCAGCGUGCAGCCAGCGAGAGCAUGGACCAGGAGGAGCAUGACGGCCAUCACAUCGACCUCAUCCAGUACAUCGCUCGCACCAAGGAUGUCACCUACUGUCCCACCCGGCCUAGUCCACGUCUUCUAUCCCCCCCUUCCACACCCCCACCCUCCCUCGGCAGGUUAGAGGUGGAGGUGAUGGUGGAGCCCAGUUGCAGCAGAGCGAUGGGUCCCGGGGUGAUCGGCCUCACCUCUGAGCCCCCGGAAGAGAGUUUUGGAAUGGGCUACCAUCAGGAGAGCUUAGAACCUCAGACCUUGUACCGUGAUAUCUGGACUCUUCGAGCCUCCCUUGAGCGGUAUGUCUCGUCCGACCAGAGCAGCAACAAUGACAAAGACUCCGUCCGUAGUGAUGCAGACAGCGUGUGCUCUUUAGGGGGUAAGACCGAGAUGGGAGGGCUGCCUAGGUACCCCUCGCAGGAUAUUGGGGAUGACAUGGAGGGGGAUGCAGACUUGCCUCUAGAUGAGGGAUCGGAGAAAGGUCGCAAACAGGAUAGUGUAGAUUCGGAAAGGGGAAGUGACGGGGAGCCAGGAAACCGCAAGCUGCUCCAAAUGGACAGCGGUUAUGCCUCGAUAGAAGCACCUUUGCGUGCUCCUGAGGAGUUACGACUGUUUGGUAGCAGCAGUAGCAGUAAGGACGGCUCCGCCGUGGAGCGCAGGCACUUCUUCAGUUCUGGGCACAAAGGGACCGUGUGCGAGAGCUUCGACACGGACAUCUUUGACGAAGAACUUGAAGAGGAACCCGCGGGUGCCAGCGGCGGUGUGGAUGGAGUGGAAACGGACAAGAGCACCAUGCUGUGGUCCCCCUAUGGCCAGAUGUUCACUCAACGUGACGCUCAACCUCAUCCCCCCAUCCUUUCCCGCCGUGACUACAGCAUUGAUGAGAAAACCGAGGCACUUUUCCAUGAGUUCUUACGGCACGACCCGCAGUUCGAUCAGCAGGAGUCUCCGCUGCGCUCCAAGCAUCGUUCCCGCGUGCACCUGCGUAAGCAGUGGCAGCGCUCCAAACAGUACAGCGACCCCGGCCAGCGCUUCCAAUCCUCUUUUGACCGGUACCGCACUCCGCUCCGACGCGGCGAAACUGUCAACUACCCUCUAGAGACUAGCUACCAUAGCACUCUCCCACGAAUCAUUAGUGCACCUGACGAAGAGAGCAGCGAAGGUGCAACCAGUACUCCCGAGACACCCAAAGCAGAUCAGGAUACCGCUACUGAUGUGGAUCCCGACAAAAUAAGAAUAUCUUCCAGCACCGAAAGCAGCGGAACCAUCAACGAAAAGGAAGCCCUCGAGGCAUCGCAGCCCCCUCCAAUGACUGACAUUGCUGGAGAGCAAUCGGUGGGUGGGGAGAACUCUAGGCAAACAUUGCCACCGCCUGAGCCUCCUGAUGAACGUACACCCGAAUGUACAAGCUAUGGCCCACAGACAAUCACAGAAGAGCUGAGCGACAAGCUAGCAGCAACCCUCGAAGAACGGCUGUACUCGGAUCUCCGCAGGACCAGGGAACCACCCGAGUGUAGUGCAGUGACUGUGACCUACACAUCACCCGAUCACAGUCCAGUGUAGCAUGUGGCUCCCUUCAUCUCCUCGUGCAAGAACACUUCGCGGCUACUACAGGUUCAAAGUUUUGGUCAACAUUGGCUCCGAUCUGGAACAGGUUUGCUUUGGUCAUUUAAAUGGCGUUGAAAUCAUUCUCAUUAUGUCCUAGACCAGUGGUGUAGAGACGUUUCUUCCAUGCGCAGUGUUAAAUAAAUGGCAAUUAAGGCUCAUACCUCAUGUUGCUCAACGCACCAAGUCUUAAACAAAUGAAAUGUCAAAGUCUGUUAUUAUAGCUCUCCAUUUAGCUACUUGUUGACUUCAAAAGCCAAUAUUUUCUCUGCACUAGGUAAUCCACUGUGAAAUUGGGUGCUAUUAGAUUAAAGAUUGAUUAUAUUUGUAAUUGCAUGAAUUAUAUUGCAAUGCUGCCUAUCCGGAUGUCUGUUCAUGACCCAAAUCAAUAUUAUUUUCUUUUACUUGUUUUUAAAUGUACAAACUAGCCCUAAAUUCGGUUAUUAUGUUUUGUUUCUGAAGUCGAAACAUACUCAAUACUACUUAUUAUUAGCAUCUGGGAUUUAGCAUUAGAUUUGAGGAAAAAAAUGCUAUAAAUUAUAAAUCAUAAUUAGAAUUAACUGUAGAAAUUUUCUUGUAUGGGUAGACAUGUCUAAUUAUAUCACGUAACCUGUAUUUCAAAAACAACAGCAUAUCUGAAACACCAUGGCAUUGGGCCAGUUCCUAAGCAAACAUAAGUCUUUUCCCAUUUUAACUGCACAGUGUUUAUAAUUUGGGUUAAUUAAUAUGGGAUUAGUUGCACUACAUCACUAGCCGUGUUAGUUUGUUCCCCACCGACACGUUUGCAAAUCCAUUAUUAAGUGUCCUUGUCAUUUAAUAGUGUUAUUUUACCAUUGAAGUACUGAAUGGCUAAAACUGCCUCUUUGUGAGAUACUGUAAUUUUAUGACCAUUGAAUUAUUAUUAUUAUUGUGCUUUUCAUCUUUUAAGUGUAUCAUUUGUUCUGUAUUGUUGAUCUUAUCUGUGAGAAUGAGAAACAGACCGAACGAUUUUUGAGUAUACAGUGCCAAACUGUUGUCAGGUAAUACCAAGAUAAAACAUUAAAACACUGUAAGCAAGAGUUGGGAAAACGGGGAAAGAAAAAAACAGUCCUGCAAACUAAUGAUCACAGAUAUGCCUCUCUCUAAGGGUUUGAAUCAGGCCUGAGACAUUUUUAUGAAUUUCAUUGUGAGAAGGGCAUGCCUUUUCUUGCAUGUAUUUCACGAAAUGAGCUCUGUGUGUUCGUUAGCAUUACUUUUACGUGAAAAUUACCAGGACAAGAAUCCCUAGAGGUGGAUGACUGCACAUGCUGCCUUUGGACAGAAGCAUUAUUUAAAAUCAUUCAAAGCAAAUCCCACUGCCCAGCAUAAGCAACUGUUGAAUCUCAGUACAAAUGCCACCAUUCACGUUGAUCUGAAUUAUUCCAAUAAAAUGAGAUUCUGGUAUUCCCGUCUGUCAGCUCACAGUAUGGGUUGCGUUCUGUAUUGAUCAUUAUGGGUUUGAUCUUCUUGGAAGCAUGCAAACAAAAGGUUGUCCUUGGCGAAUUCUCAAUUGUGAUGUGUUGGAAAGUCUAUCUUUGUGAAAAUCUGAGCGAAAAGGCCAUUGGUUAUAGAGGCUCUUGAUGUAAUGAAGAAAAACAUUGGGUAGCAUCCACAUGCCUUGUCUAUGAAGGCUCACACUGUUUUGUGGCCUUUUAAGGUGAUUGUUUGAGCUGUCGAGUAGUUCUCUAAAAGCUACAUGUACUAUUUAGGGUGCAUCUGAAGUUCCCUGUCCAGAAUUAAAAGGCUUUCAUUAUCUAGGUGAACAAUGACUGAUGUGCACGGAGUAAUUAACAAUGCCAGAGAAAAGAGAACUUAAAAGAGACUAGCUGAUAUUGUUGAUUGAUUGUUUCUGGCUUAAUGAAACGUACUGACCAUCUCACAUGAUUAAUACGGUGCCUUUCUGUGUGUUUAACAUUUAAUGGGAUAGUUCACCCCCAAAAAAAGUCCAUACAGUGAAGGUCAGUGGGGUCUAAACAUUGUUGUUUGGACCCCAUUGAUUUUCAUUGCAUGAACAAUAACAGUUGAAACAUUAUUCAAAAUAUCUUCUUUUGUGUUCAACACAUGAAAGGCAGUCAUGCAUGUUUGGAAUGACGUGAGGGUGCAUAAAUGAUGCCAGAAUUUCCAUUUUUGGAUGAACUGUCCCAUUAAGUAAGCAAUUGUUAUAUGGCCAGAUCUCAGUAGAGCACUUAUUUUAUCUCCUAGUUUGUACAUAAUUGAACAGGCCAAAUUACCAUACAGAGGUUAUUAAAAAACAGAAAACAAACAAAAUCUGAAAUCUGAAAUGUGGUACUUGCAUUGCAUUGUCAAAUACAUUUACACCUGUGUUAACGAUUACAAAUCCGGUCCUUGGUUUUGAUUAACUAUAAUCCAUAACAUGUCAGGGACAGGCGAAAUCUGUACAAAGGAGAGUAGAAUUGUAUAUAAGCACAAUGAGGUCCCAGUGCAGGCACUAGAAUAGUCUAUGUCUUGGAUUUGACAUAAACCUAGUAGGGACCUUUUGGUGAUACAGUAUGUGCACAAUCAAAUAGCCUGUCGGUUGAUGGAUUACUGUGUAUAGAUUUGCAUGUGAUGACAGAUUAUUGUUUAGCAGAUCCAAAAUGAAGCAACAAAUGACUCUGUGAAUGAAAAGAAGUAGACUUGGUACUAAAAUAUUGUAAAGUAUUUUAAGGAGUCUGUUAUUUCAGAAGUUCUGCUUUGCUGACUUGAGAUUUUUUGCCAUAUUUCCAUGGACAAAAAGGAUUAUUUCUAUUGCUGACUAUAUUUCGAUGAAAGAGAAAAUAUAUUUAUGUGCAAAUUUCCAUGUAGAAAAUAAAUAAAUCUGUAAAAAUCUGCUUGACUAAUUACUCAGUCAAAAAAAAAAAAAAAAAAGAGAAAGUGAAGUGAGCUUUCUGAACGUUUGUUUUGUUUACCUGGAUCUCUUUGUUCUAGAUCUACUGAGCCUUGAGGGACCAACCAAUCUAAACAUUUAUUUUCAUGUUAUGUUUUUCCAACUAGUCAAUAAAGAAUGAUGCAUUAUGACUU